AUGGUAUUCACCGUUAUCGUCAACCUGUACGCUAAGGACGGCGUCGAGGACCAGCUGCGCGCCAAGCUGGCCGAAGCCGCCCAGCUUAAUGCCAAGGACCCCAGCGUCCUCGGAUGGCACCCCAUGCAGAGCGCCAGCGACCCACGCAAAUGGACCAUCGUCGAGCGUUACGAUCAGGAGAGCAACGCGGCGAGGCGCCGUGAUAACGCGGACAUGAAGGCGUUCGCGGAGACCAUGUUUGCGUUGCUGGAGAAUGGCAAAGAGAGCCUGGAGCCGCACCCGUUUAACGAGCUGUAG